AUGUCGGCAGUACCGGCUGUCAUGCAUGAUUUGCAAUGCAUGAAGGGGGACGUGUCCAAGGGGGAGGGGAGGUUGGCGAAACUAGUGGGGGAGUUGGGCAGUCGGGAUAAGGAGGAGCAGCGCCAGACGCAGUUGUUCAUUGCUAAAGUCGAUAGUGGGAAGGGGAAAUUACAGGCAGCGAGAACUGCACUGGGAGAGGCAUAUAAUUGGGAUGCGAGGAUAAGGGAAUUGGAUAGUCUGCUGCAUAGGGGAGAGUUUAGGGAGUUUAAGGGGAAGAUGGGGGAGAUCAGGGAAGCCCUUGAUGGUGGCUUGAAGAUGCUGCCGGACUAUGAAGACCGAAGGCAAGAAAUAGAGUCGAUGCAGAUGAGCCUUCAGAGGGAAGUUAGGAGGAAGGUGGGCUCGGCUAUUGACAGAUGCAAUUCUAAGCAGUUGAGAGUUUGUUAUGAUGCAUAUCGAGAUGAUAUGAAUGUUGGGAAGGGUGGUCUGGAGGAGUUCGAGGAGGCGGUGUGUGCUGCUAUGAAUACUGUGGUUCAAAGGAAGUGGACGGCAUAUUUACAGUCAUCAUCGUCAUCUUCGGCAACUAGCAGUGAUCUGGAGGGAGUAGAUGCAGUGUUGUCGGAUAGUGAGGAGGAGGAUGGGGGAAGGGGAGGGGACGAUGGAGUGGACGGGGUGAUGUGUGUUGUGGGAGUUAUGGAGGUCAGCAUCGGCUUCUUCCAUGCCUUGGCGGAGGCCCUAGUAGAGCGGCUGGAGACGCUGGCGGGUGUGAAGGAUGGUGAUGGUCUGUUGAUGAGGAAGUGCAUCUUAUCGGCUACGAAGGAGUUAUUCGGCCCGUGGGCACCGCGCUGUAAGGCUCUACCAGGCCGACCCAGGGAGUUCCUAUAUUCCCUAUCACGGGGAUUUAAUCACUUGAAGCGGAAGAUGCACUUUGAAGAUGACGAGUGGUCGCGUAUAUGCGCUCAGAAGUUGCUGGAUAGCAAGUUGCUAGAGAGCCUAGUUCCGGGACUGUUUCUCCCUGUUGAGGGAGGUGGCGGUGUGAGGAAUCCACUGAGUAGUGAGGAGGAGAUGGAGGAGGUAGAGGAGGAAAGGAGGAGUAGGUUGAGCUUAGCUGAUGGGCUCAUCUCAUUGGAGACUAGGGUGAUGAAAUACCAGACGGCUAUAGUGAGGUCGGGGAGUGCUGGGCUCGAAGGCUCACUGAGUGCGGCAGCGUUGGCUCCUCUGUGGUCGAAGGAAGUUCAUCAACUGUAUGAGUCAUUUUGGUAUACUACCGUAAAUCGCUCUAUCUCUGGGAUGGUGGCUAAGGUGUUUAAAAUGUACUCGGCACAGGGAGAUGACAACGCUGAUUUCUCUACGCUGCUCGCGAAUUGCCGGUCGGUGAAUCAGAGCAUGGGCUCCCUGCGUGUGGGCGCGGAGGAGUUCAAUAAUCAGCUGAGGAGUAUAGCGAGGAAGGCGAGUGAGAAGGCUGAGGAGGGGGAAGUUGAGGACGCCUCGGUGGGUGUCAUUUUGGCAUCCAUCGCUCAUGGUGAUGACGAGCACGAGGUGACUACUACUACUGCUGCUGUUGAUGAGGUCUGUCAGCGAGUGAAUAAACUCAUCGUGGAGGGGCUGUGUUCGCCGAUUAGUAAGAGGAUUUUGAAAGGCUAUGGUACACUGGCGGUAUGGUCGGAAAGUAGUAGUAGUCGAGGGCAGCAAGGAGGGGCCAUGCCCUCUGCUAGUGUCACCUCCCUCUCUGAACAACUAUUCCUAUACGUACCAUACCUGAGCAAGAAGGCUAAGGAAGGAGAGGAUGAUGUACUCCGUUCUCAGUGGGUGCCGGCAGUAUUCCGGAGAGCGGCUCAGACCAUCAUCACGGAGAUCGAUAGUGGUAUCACUAUCAUCACCGAAUCUGGGCUAAGGCAACUCAAUACUGACUUGAGUUACUCUUUGAAGAUUAUAGUGUCGUUGUGGAACGGGUGUCGUCCAGAAGAGGAAAUGCCGGAGGCUGAGGAUAUGAAGAAGUGGAUACAUGCUACCCAGGUACUUCUGGAGACCUCUUCUGUAGGGGCAGUUGCUGAAGCCAAGGAUGACCCAAUCGUACUGAAGCUAUCGAAGGCAUUAGAGGCCGCGCACGCCACUCCCCGUAAAGAAACAGGGAAGAGCCCACGGUUCCAAUCGUAUACCCCUCAAGCGGAGGCGUUGAAGGACUUGAAGAAGGAGCCAGUGUCAGCGGAGCCGAUAGAAGAGGAGUUGAAUGCUGAGUUGGACCAAGUCAUGGACUAUGCCCAGAUAGAGGAGAACCGCGCAUCGAUUCUGCCACGUCGGCCUAAUUGGGAUUUGAGACGAAUGUAUGCUGAACGGACAAGUCAUUUGAGCAAGCAGACUGAGAGGUGUCUCCUCCGCUUGAUGCAGGAGGAGAUUCGGAAGGCCGAAGGGGCUGAGGCCACCACUGGAGAGGCCAACACCCCUACUGCUGGUGAGGUGGCUAGCGAGCCGGAGGAGAUGGAAGUGACUGAGGAGGAUAAGGAGUUCAGGCACUUGGCGCGAACCUUCCGUGGUAAGCCUGCUGCUACUUCUGAGGGGGAGCUGGAGGAAGAAGUCCGGCCUCAGACUAGGACGUAGAGUAUUCAAAUAACAGUUUCCAUCGGA